AUGCGGUGUGGAACCCUGUGUCACUUCCUGUGGCUUUUGCCCUUCUUGUCCUACAUUCAAGCGGUGCCUACCCAAAAAAUCCAAAAUGAUGCCAAAACCCUCAUCAAGAUCAUUGUCACCAGGAUCAAUCACAUUUCACAUAUGCAAUCUGUCUCCUCCAAACAGAAGGUCACUGGCUUGGACUUCAUUCCUGAGCUCCACCCUACCAGGAGCUUGUCCAAGAUGGACCAGAUAUUAGUGAUUUACAAGCAGGUCCUCACCCAUCUGCCUUCCAGAAAUGUGGUCCAAAUAUCCCAUGACCUACAGAAUCUUCGGGACCUUCUCUACAUGCUGGCUACAUCCAAGGGCUGCACCAUCUCCGAGACCAAUGAGCAGCAGACCUUGAAGAGCUUGAGCAGUGUCCUGGAGUCCUCUCUCUAUUCCACUGAAGUGGUGGCCCUAAGCAGGCUGCAGGGGUCUCUGCAGGACAUGUUGCAGCAGCUGGACCAAAAUCCCAGCUGCUAA